CGGCCACCGCAGCCCCACAAUCUUUUUGUGUGCUUGCGCUAACGAACUCAUCGGUCAAAUUUUUCAAGUCUCUUCAAGUCGAGGGAUAUCACUUCUUGUUGUGUACCGAGACUUAAUUGGUGAAGUCAUCAUGCCUGGACGUCCACUUUGGCAGUGCGCCGGAAAACGCGAGCCAGAAAAAGAUGCCGAGGCUCAGGCGUGGAUCGAGUACAUCGUAGGCGAGAGGUUCCCCGCGGGUGUCAGCUACGAGGACGCUCUGAGGGAUGGUGUCAUUCUCUGCAAGUUGAUGAACAGAUUGCAGCCGGGGUGCAUCACCAAGAUCAAUGUCUCCGGUGGUGACUACAAGUUCAUGGAUAAUUUGCAACAGUUCCAGAGGGCAUGCACCAGGUAUGGAGUGCCCGACGUUGAUCUCUUCCAGGCUGUGGACCUGAUGGAAAGAAAAAACCUCGCACAAGUCACCAACACCAUAUUCGCCAUUGGACGCGCUUGCUACAAACAUCCAGAGUGGCGUGGCCCCUGGCUGGGACCCAAGCCCGCCGACGAGAACAGGAGGAACUUCUCCGAGGGUCAACUCAGGGCGGGAGAGGGUGUCAUUGGUCUACAGGCUGGCUCCAACAAGGGCGCCACGCAGGCUGGACAGAGUUUCGGCGCCACCAGGAAAAUUCUCCUCGGAAAAUAGUUCAAUUGUAUUUGGAAAUUCAUUUUUUCUCGGGUGGAGUCAAUUAACAAGUGUUUUUUUGUUGUUUUUACAAGUUUAGAGGUGGAAAUAAAAAUAAAAUGAAUAAACGAAUAUUUGAAAAACCA